AAUAAUCGCGUGUAAUCACUAUAGAUAUCUGGCGCGUGGCCAUGGCAACUCAACCUUUUCCCCUUGCCUUGAGAAAGGGGGUAUACCACCGUAUACGCCCCACACCCUUCUCGCACACACACAGACGCACAGAAGACGAAAUCGCUUAUUUGAUUCGAGUUGUGACUGUAGACGACAAAUUGAAAGAUGAAGGUUUUUGUGAAAACAUUGAAGGGGACUCACUUCGAAAUCGAAGUAAAAUCCGAGGACACGGUUGCUGAUGUGAAGAAAAAUAUAGAAAAUGUUCAGGGAGAUGUUUAUCCUGCUGCACAACAAAUGCUUAUCCAUCAAGGCAAAGUGCUUAAAGAUGCCACCACCUUAGAAGAAAACAAAGUGGCUGAAAAUUCUUUCAUUGUCAUCAUGUUAUCCAAGACUAAGCCAACCUCUGGUGAAGCUUCAACAGCAGCAUCCGCCCCAAAGGCACCUCAGACAAGCGCAACUCCCCCUGCACAAGCAGCCACUCAGGCUCCGCCACCUGUCACACAGCCUGUGUCUGCUCCUUCACCUGCUCCUCCAGCUUCCGAUCCAGCACCUGUUGUGAAUGCCACGACUGGGAAUGUAUACGAUCAAGUAGCAUCAAAUCUUGUAUCAGGAAGUAAUUUAGAAGGUACAAUUCAACAUCUUCUUGAUAUGGGAGGAGGAAACUGGGAUAGGGAUACUGUCGUUCGUGCUCUUCGUGCUGCUUUCAAUAAUCCAGAAAGAGCUGUUGAAUAUCUCUAUUCUGGUAUACCGGAGCCAGCAGAACUCCCGCCAGCUGCCGGAGUUUCACCACUGCCAGGUCUGCAGGCUGCUCAGCCCCCGCCAGCUGCAGUCGUUCCUCCAAGUGGACCAAAUUCAAACCCUUUGGAUCUCUUCCCUCAGGGACUUCCUGACAUGGGCGCAAAUGCUCCUGCUGGUGCUGCUGGCAACCUGGAUUUUCUUCGUAACAGUCCACAGUUUCAAGCACUUCGAGCCAUGGUGCAGGCUAAUCCCCAAAUCUUGCAGCCUAUGCUACAAGAGUUGGGGAAGCAAAAUCCACACCUGGUGAGACUGAUUCAAGAGCAUCAAGCUGAUUUCCUUCGUUUGAUCAAUGAGCCUGUUGAAGGGGGAGAGAACGUACUUGGAGAUCUUGCUGCAGCGAUGCCACAGGCUGUGACUGUUACUCCUGAGGAACGUGAAGCCAUUGAACGCCUUGAAGCAAUGGGAUUUGAUAGAGCACUAGUGUUAGAGGUGUUUUUCGCAUGCAACAAGAAUGAAGAGCUUGCAGCUAAUUACCUGUUAGAUCAUAUGCAUGAGUUUGAAGACUAGUAGACUCCUUGUUUGUUGAUAAAUGGUGGUGGGACCAGAACCAGAACCAGAGACCAGAUCAAUCUUCAUGGUUAUUUCUUUCUACUUCUGUUUUCUUGGUUUGCUUUUUUUUUUUCUAUUUUUUUUUUUUAAUUGUCAAGUGCGUAUACUAGUGGUGGUGUUGGGAAAGACAGAAAUUGAAUUGUUACUCUCUCUCUCUCUCUCCUUUGUUAUUUAUUUGUAUUUUGAACCUUCACAUUUUGUCUUUUUUCUAUCACAAUAGUUGUUCCAUUUGGUUAAAAA